UUGGCUGCGGCAGCAGGUAGCAAAGUGACCCCAAGGGCUUGAGUGCUCCAGUAGCCACCGCGUCUGGAGAACGAGCGGUUACCAUGGAGGGGAUCAGUGUAAGUCCAGUUUCAACCUGCUUUGUCAUAAAUGUACAAACGUUUGAACUUAGAGCGCAGCCCCUCUCCGAGCGGGCAGAAGCGGCCAGGACUUGGAGCUCCAAAAAAGGGUCACGGAAAGGAGUUUUCUUGACCAUGGCUAUGUGGUGCGCCGGGGUGGGGGGGAGCAGGAUUGGAAUCUUUUUCUCUGUGAGUGGAGGAGAAACGACUGGAAAGAGCGUUACAGUGGCUGCAUGUGUCUCCCCCUUGAGUCCCGCGGCGCGCGGCGGCUUGCACGCUGUUUGCAAACAUAAGAACAUUCUGUGCACAAGUGCAGAAAAGGCGUGCGCGCUACCUCGGGACUCAGACCACCGGUCUCUUCCUUGGGGAAGCGGGGAUUUCUUGGAGCGAGUUACAUUUUCUGAAUUUAGAGGCAGAGGGCAGCGUGCCUGGGCGGAGUUCCCAGAAGGAGAUUGCGCCCGCUUUAACUUCGGGGAUAAGCGCCUGGUGACUGUUCUUGACGCUGGAUAUACACUUCAGAUAACUACACCGAGGAAAUGGGCUCAGGGGACUAUGACUCCAUAAAGGAACCCUGCUUCCGUGAAGAAAAUGCUCAUUUCAAUAGGAUCUUCCUGCCCACCAUCUACUCCAUCAUCUUCUUGACUGGCAUUGUUGGCAAUGGAUUGGUCAUCUUGGUCAUGGGUUACCAGAAGAAACUGAGAAGCAUGACGGACAAGUACAGGCUGCACCUGUCAGUGGCUGACCUUCUCUUUGUCAUCACGCUUCCCUUCUGGGCAGUUGAUGCCGUGGCAAACUGGUACUUUGGGAACUUCCUGUGCAAGGCAGUCCAUGUCAUCUACACAGUCAACCUCUACAGCAGUGUCCUCAUCCUGGCCUUCAUCAGUCUGGACCGCUACCUGGCCAUUGUCCACGCCACCAACAGUCAGAAGCCAAGGAAGCUGUUAGCUGAAAAGGUGGUCUAUGUUGGUGUCUGGAUCCCUGCCCUCCUGCUGACUAUUCCCGACUUCAUCUUUGCCAGCGUCAGUGAGGCAGAUGACAGAUUUAUCUGUGACCGCUUCUACCCCAAUGACUUGUGGGUGGUUGUGUUCCAGUUUCAGCACAUCAUGGUUGGCCUUAUCCUGCCUGGUAUCGUCAUCCUGUCCUGCUAUUGCAUUAUCAUCUCCAAGCUGUCACACUCCAAGGGCCACCAGAAGCGCAAGGCUCUCAAGACCACGGUCAUCCUCAUCCUGGCUUUCUUCGCCUGCUGGCUGCCUUAUUACAUUGGAAUCAGCAUCGACUCCUUCAUCCUCCUGGAAAUCAUCAAGCAAGGGUGUGAGUUUGAGAACACUGUGCACAAGUGGAUUUCCAUCACCGAGGCCCUAGCUUUCUUCCACUGUUGUCUGAACCCCAUCCUCUAUGCUUUCCUUGGAGCCAAAUUUAAAACCUCUGCCCAGCACGCACUCACCUCUGUGAGCAGAGGGUCCAGCCUCAAGAUCCUCUCCAAAGGAAAGCGAGGGGGACACUCGUCUGUUUCCACUGAGUCUGAGUCUUCAAGUUUUCACUCCAGCUAACACAGAUGUGAAAGACUUUUUUUUAUACGAUAAAGAACUCUUUUUUUAAGUUACACAUUUUUCAGAUAUGAAAGACUGACCAAUAUUGUACAGUUUUUAUUGCUUGUUGGAUUUUUGUCUUGUGUUUCUUUAGUUUUUGUGAGGUUUAAUUGACUUAUUUAUAUAAAUAUUUUUUUUGUUUCAUAUUGAUGUGUGUCUAGGCAGGACCUGUGGCCAAGUUCUUCGUCGCUGUAUGUCUGGUGGUAGGACUAUAGAAAAGGGAACUGAACAUUCCAGUGCGUGUAGUGAAUCACGUAAAGCUAGAAAUGAUCCCCAGCUGUUUAUGCAUAAAUAAUCUCUCCAUUCCCAUGGAACAUCUCUUUCUUCCUGUUCUUAAGACGUUUGGCUACACCAUGUGAUUUUUCUGUAGAAGAUGGCACUUAUAACCAAAGCCCAAAGUGACAUAGAAAUGCUGGUUUUUCAGUUUUCAGGAGUGGGUUGAUUUCAGCACCUACAGUGUACAGUCUUGUAUUAAGUUGUUAAUAAAAGUACAUGUCAAACUUA